CUCUAGAAGACCACCUGUCUGUGACUUGAGGGGUGUGUGUGUGUGAGAGAGGGAGAGAAAGCAUGAGCAGAGCGUGCUUGAGCAUGGGAGGAAUUGGGCCAUGCCCCAGGACUUGAGCCAUCUCUGGCACAAAAGGAGUUAAUGGCAGGGACCGCGCCCCCCCCACCCCGUGUCCGGGCACGCGCAGCGCGCCCCCUCGGUGCGCGGGCACAGCAGCCAGGCUGCCGGAGAGCAGAUCUCGGGGAUUCGGGUGCGGAGCCCUUGGCCUGGAGGCGAUAUGGGUGGUCCGCAGCCCGCUUCAGUCGCUCGCAACAGCCCGGGGAACAGGCCUGUCUGGCCCUGAGGGAGUCCCCUUUCUGAAGCUGUGUUGCUUCGACGACCUGUUCUCUACGUUGCCGGGCACCUGUAGGUGUCCCUCGAGAGCUCAGUUUUGAGGUGCAAGUCAGUGUGGCCAUGAAGGGGCUGCCUAUUGGGCUGAUGCUGUGACCCUGGAGUCUGCCUUUCCUGCCAGUCCCCCUGCCCAGAACAUGUGGCUGCGGCUUGGCCUGCCUUCGCUGUCCCUGAGCCCCAAGCCCACUGUUGGCCGGAGCCUGUGCCUCACCCUGUGCUUCCUCAGCUUGGUGCUGAAGGCCAGUGCCCAGGCCCCGGCGCCCACAGUCAAUACUCACUUUGGGAAGCUAAGGGGUGCCCGGGUACCAUUGCCCAGUGAGAUCCUGGGGCCUGUGGACCAAUACCUGGGGGUGCCCUACGCAGCUCCCCCAAUCGGCGAGAAACGUUUCCUGCCCCCUGAACCGCCCCCAUCCUGGUCGGGCAUCCGGAACGCCACACACUUUCCCCCAGUGUGCCCCCAGAACAUCCACACAGCUGUGCCCGAAGUCAUGCUGCCCGUCUGGUUCACUGCCAACUUGGAUAUCGUCGCUACUUACAUCCAGGAGCCCAACGAAGACUGCCUCUACCUGAACGUCUAUGUGCCCACGGAGGAUGUAAAGCGGAUUUCCAAGGAAUGCGCCCGAAAGCCCAACAAGAAAAUUUGUAGGAAAGGAGGAUCCGGCGCUAAGAAACAGGGCGAGGACUUAGCGGAUAAUGACGGGGAUGAAGAUGAAGACAUCCGGGACAGUGGCGCUAAGCCCGUCAUGGUCUACAUCCAUGGAGGCUCUUACAUGGAAGGGACAGGCAACAUGAUUGAUGGCAGCAUCCUCGCCAGUUAUGGCAACGUCAUCGUCAUCACCCUCAACUAUCGGGUUGGGGUGCUAGGUUUCCUGAGCACUGGAGAUCAGGCUGCCAAGGGCAACUAUGGGCUCCUUGACCAAAUCCAGGCCCUCCGCUGGGUGAGCGAGAAUAUUGCCUUCUUUGGUGGUGAUCCCCGCCGUAUUACCGUCUUUGGCUCGGGCAUUGGUGCAUCCUGUGUCAGCCUCCUCACGCUGUCGCAUCACUCGGAGGGGCUUUUCCAGAGGGCCAUCAUCCAAAGUGGUUCUGCUCUGUCCAGUUGGGCUGUGAACUACCAACCAGUGAAGUAUACCAGCCUGCUGGCAGACAAGGUGGGCUGUAACGUGCUAGACACAGUGGAUAUGGUGGACUGUCUUAGGCAAAAGAGUGCCAAGGAGCUGGUAGAGCAGGACAUCCAGCCAGCCCGCUACCAUGUGGCCUUCGGCCCUGUGAUUGAUGGUGAUGUCAUUCCUGAUGACCCUGAGAUUCUCAUGGAACAGGGUGAGUUCCUCAACUAUGAUAUCAUGCUAGGUGUCAACCAGGGUGAGGGGCUCAAGUUUGUGGAAGGGGUAGUGGACCCUGAGGAUGGUGUCUCUGGCACUGACUUUGACUACUCAGUCUCCAACUUUGUGGACAAUCUGUAUGGCUAUCCUGAGGGUAAGGACACCCUGCGGGAGACCAUCAAAUUCAUGUACACAGACUGGGCAGACCGUGACAACCCUGAGACCCGCCGUAAAACACUGGUGGCACUCUUCACUGACCACCAGUGGGUGGAGCCCUCGGUGGUGACAGCUGAUCUGCACGCCCGCUAUGGUUCACCUACCUACUUCUACGCCUUCUACCAUCACUGCCAGAGCCUCAUGAAGCCUGCUUGGUCAGAUGCAGCUCAUGGGGACGAAGUACCCUACGUUUUCGGUGUCCCUAUGGUAGGCCCCACUGACCUCUUUCCCUGCAACUUCUCCAAGAAUGACGUUAUGCUCAGUGCUGUCGUCAUGACCUACUGGACCAACUUUGCCAAGACCGGGGAUCCCAACAAGCCGGUCCCCCAGGAUACCAAGUUCAUUCACACCAAGGCCAACCGCUUUGAGGAAGUGGCCUGGUCCAAAUAUAAUCCCCGAGACCAGCUCUACCUUCACAUCGGGCUGAAACCAAGGGUCCGCGAUCAUUACCGGGCCACUAAGGUGGCCUUUUGGAAACACCUGGUGCCCCACCUGUACAACCUGCAUGACAUGUUCCACUAUACGUCCACAACCACCAAAGUGCCGCCCCCAGAUACCACCCACAGCUCCCACAUCACCCGCAGGCCCAACGGCAAGACCUGGAGCACCAAGCGGCCAGCUAUCUCCCCUGCCUACAGCAACGAGAACACCCAAGCGUCCUGGAACGAGGACCAGGAUGCAGGGCCACUCCUGGUGGAGAACCCUCGUGACUACUCCACUGAAUUAAGUGUCACCAUCGCCGUAGGCGCCUCCCUCCUGUUCCUUAACGUUCUGGCCUUCGCUGCCCUCUACUACCGUAAGGACAAACGGCGUCAGGAGCCCCUGAGGCAGCCUAGCCCUCAGAGGGGACCCGGGGCCCCUGAAUUGGGAGCUGCUCCUGAGGAGGAGCUGGCAGCAUUGCAGCUGGGCCCCACCCAUCAUGAGUGUGAGGCCGGCCCGCCCCAUGACACACUGCGCCUCACUGCGUUGCCCGACUACACGCUAACCCUGAGGCGCUCCCCUGAUGACAUCCCACUCAUGACCCCCAACACCAUCACUAUGAUUCCCAACUCCCUGGUAGGGCUGCAGACAUUGCACCCCUAUAACACCUUUGCCACAGGGUUCAACAGUACUGGGCUGCCCCACUCACACUCCACUACCCGGGUAUAGCUCUAGCCCAGAGCACAGCCUAGCUCCUGGCUCCCUCCCUCCCAGAUCCACGAACACACAUGCACACACAGACGCACACACACACAGACACAUGCAGACGUAUAUGUAUACGCACGCACCCACACCUGACAGCAGACCCACCUGCACAAACAUAGACAGAUGUGGACAUGCACCCCCAUGUACAAAAACACAAAUAAAGAAGUAAACCUGAAGGAACCCUUUAAAUGGGGAUGCAAAUGAGCCCUUGGGAAACCGAGGACCCGUGGAACAGCAGCUGAAGCCAGCUCCCUGAGCCUGACCACAGACACUCCUGGGGGCCUGAAAGCACCAGCUGGACACCCCCUUGGUGCUCGCCUUCCACCUCUCUUGGGACUGCACCACCGACCAACUCCAGACUUGGGAGUUUUAAAGAGCAGAGUAGCUCUUUCUCCCCCAGACUUGGUCUUUUUUCUGGGUCUUGUUUUUGUUGAUUUUUUAAAAAAUUUUGGAACAAUUGCUUCUCCAACCCAUGAGUGCAAAGAAGCCCUGCAAGGGAGGGCUCCAGGCCCAGGUCUCUCUGGCUCUGGAACCCCAGUGCUCACACAAUCUGACCAAGGAACAUGACCCCCAAGAAAGGAACAGAUUCGAGGAAGACCAUCGGGUGGAAGGAGGAAGGGGCUACCACUGAAUGGGGUUAGAGGGCUCAAGGGGAGAACUCUCCAGCUAGCUCUGCAUCCUUGUGGAGGGCUGCAGAGACCACAGGGUGACCUGCUUCCCCCAAAGGCCAGGAGCUUUGACCUGGCUAGACUAGGGGACCCUAGAUUUGGUGAAUGAGGUUUUGUGGAGGCCAUGUCAUUAUUGGGGCCCCCGGGUAUAAUCUGGGUUCUGCCUCUGCCCUUGGGGCAAUGCUAUUGGAAAUUCGCCCCAUUUUCUUUACAGAGUUUCUUUUGUGUCUGUCAUUUCUCUUUCAAAAAGGCGGUGUUUUUUGUUGUUGUUGGCUUUUUUUUUUUUUAAAGAAAAGUUCUUAAAACACUAACGGAAACCCAUGGAGUUUGUCCUUUGUAAAAAUUUUAAACACAGUGUCUUGAUAUAAAAAUAAAAAAUCCAGUUAGCACUCCCAACCUGCCUCCCUUGCAUAGGCCUUGCCCCAACAGACCUCCCAGCAGGGCGUCUCUGUGGGGCAGGGAUCGCAGCCUCCCCCUGCAUGCUGUGCCUUUAGGCUGAUACAAGUCUGGCCUGCACUCUGCUGUCCCCUAGCAGGAAGGCCUCUCCAAUCUCAAUCAGGUUGCUGUCCUCACCCCCCACCCCCGCCCCCCCAACACUCUGGGUUCCUGUGGCUGAAGCCUUCUCUCUGCACCUUGGGCCUCCUAAUGAAACAGCAAAAAUAACACUUGCUUCUCCUCUGCGCCACUGCUGCUGCUGCUGUCGCCGCUGCCGCCACCCACUGCUGCCACUGCCACCAUCGCCACCACCUUGCUCUUGUCCUGAACUGGGGACUGGGAGGAGGUUUGACCUCUAACAUGCUGAAAUUCUUUCUCCUAUCUGAAUCCAGUGCAGCAUCAGAUAUGUGGACUCCUGGCCUUGGGUGACUGACAGAACAGGGGCCCUCUCCUCCCCAGGGAUACUUGUUUCCUGUUCUGAGAAUUAGAAUUGGAGAAGUCAUUGGGGCCCUGGGGGCAAUUUCUCUCCAGGAUUGUGAUCAGUGGCUCCCUGUCAACCCUGGGGGACAGAUUCAAUGGGGCGCCACAGGGUUAGCAUCAUGGUAUUUCAUAUUAUUCUCAGUGACUUGAAGGAUUGAACCAGGAGUUUGCUCAUCAAGUGUGACAGUUGGGUGGGGUUGCUGACACCUCAGAAACCAGGAAUAGAAUUCUUCAAAGUGACCCUGACAAAAUGAGGGAGAUGAACCAACACAACAGCAUGGUGUUCAGAGGGGACAAACACAAGGUGGUACGAAGGCCCAAACCAAGAACUAAGAUACUAAUAUGGUAUGUGGGUUCGAGAGAGAGAGAGGGGCAGUGAUUGACUUGACACAGUAGAGUUAAAAAAAAAGAAAAGAACUGAGGGGAGGGUGUCAGGGUGGGUCACAAGGUGAAUGAGUCCACAGUGUAGAACUGGUUUUCUCCCUCCCUACAUCCCUUCCUCCCUCUCACCCUCUUCCUUCUUCUCCUCCCUCCUCCCUCCCUCUCUCCCUCCCUCCCUUCCUUUCUUCUUUCCAAAAUUAAUGUGAAUACUAGCAUAUAAUAACAAAAAUAUAGCAUGGAGUGCUGGGAAGUAAUCAGAGUCCAAGUUUUAGAAUUAGAAGUAACCUCAGAGUCAUCUAGUCCAACCCACUUAUUUUAUCAUUGGGGAAACGGGCCCUGAAAAGCCCAACAUCACAGUUAGUGUUAGAAACAGACCUAGAGGGGCGGGCCCCGUGGCUUAGUGGUUAAGUGCGCGCGCUCCGCUACUGGCGGCCGGGGUUCGGAU